AUGGGGUUGACUGGCGCAGUGCAAGCCCGGAGGGCUUUGGUGAAGUUGCUCCUCACGGUUGCUGCGGCGUACUCGGUUGUGGUUCGCCUCCACAGGGGCUCCCAGGACAGCGAGGUGAUCGCAGCCUCUCGAAAGGUGCUCCGCAAGGCGCGCCCGGACAAGGGCGGGGCAGACGAGCACGCGAAGCAGCUGAACGCCGCGAAGGAGCGUUGGGACCAGGCCAAGAAACCGAGGGGCCGCCCGAAACGCGCAGAGCAGCCCGAGGCGCCUGCAGGGGCGGCCGCUGCUGACGGCGCGCCUGGCGAAACCUUCCAGGAUCUGAUCGCCCGGGAGGUCUCCAAGAAAGCCUACCGCGUCCAGUCCGCGGGCGUGCUGCUCACGCACUUCGGGGUGCAGGGCCUGCCGCAGUGGCGGCAGUUUCUGGCGCACAUGCCAGUCGUCAGCGAGAUGCGGCAUCCCAAGGGCUUCAGCUUCCAGCAGGAGCGCAGGAUCGUACUUCUCCGCGAGGCCACCCAGAGCGACGGCAGCCACGUGGAGUGGUCGGAGAUCGCGAAGAAGGUGAAUAACCUCUUGGGCAAGAGGCCACGACCACGACACGUGGCGAACACGUGCCGCCGGGCCACGGCGCGCCGCGGGCCCCUCAAGUACGAUUACAAAAAGUGCGGCAAGAAGCCGGACAAGGUGACAAAGGAGGUGGAGCGUUUCUUGGUGAAGAAGCUGAAGGAGGUGCGAUGCCGCACCGCAUGCACGUCGACUACGUUGCAAUUGCUUUUGGCUUCCGAAAUGAAAGUCAAGGUUACGGUGCGCUACGUGCGCAAGGUCCUCUCGAAGAAAGGCUUUCGCUGGUUACCCAAGAGGCAGAAGCGGUUAUACUCCAAGGAUCAGAGGAAAGCCCGCCUGACGUUUGCGAAGAAGGUCCUGAGGAUGACUUCGGCGGAGCUGAAUACGGCAUUCACCCCGAAGCUCUCUGGCGACGACGAGUACGGUGGCCAGGUCCCACUGGCUCGGGCAGUGCCCAUGUGGGCCGGCUGCGCCGCGGGCGGGCUGUCCAUUGUCGCGUUCCACCCCACGAAGAAGCUCUGCGGCGAGGACUGGGCGAAGAUCGUGAACCGGGGCGACCUCGUGAAGGCCGUGAAGUCGGUGAACCCGAAGAGGAAGAAGGGCCCGUGGUCCGUCCUCUGCGACAACGAGUCUUUCUUGCGGGCGAAGGUCAGCAACGCCGCGGUGAAGGCGGCGGGGGUUAAGCUGUGGAAGAUGCCAGCAAAGUCCCCUGACUUGAACCCCGCAGAGCGGUGCUGGUCUUGGCUGCGUCGGAAGCUGCGGCUCAUGGACUUGGACGACGCCGUGAAGAAGCGGCCCGUGCUGGGGAAGACGGCGUACAGGGCGCGGGUUCGGAGCGUCGUGAAGAGCAAGAAGGCGCAGUCCGUGGGGGCGGCGCAGGCGAAGCUGAUGAAGCGCGUCUGCAGGGAAGUGGUGCGCAAGAUGGGCGCGGCCACGGGCUUCUGA